AUGGAGAACGUCAAACGCCUUCCUGCUGGCUAUCGACGAGAUGCGCCUUCCCCUUCCACCCGUGAUUCAGGCACUGCACGGGUGCUUGGAUUUGAAUCCAACUCAAAUGCCUCUCACAAUGUCACCCAGGAACAAUCUCCUUAUUUUGCUCCAACAAGCCGUCUUGUGGCCGGCCUCUUCGACCCUCACUCGCCUCCCGAAGUUGAGAGGCCUCUCGACUCCUUUGACAGAGCCCUGCUCGAGGAGAGUGCAAGACUCCACGAACCUGGGGGAAGACUGGGCUUGACUCGGGUCUCACUUCCCCACAAGCCUCUCACACCUUUAAUGACCAGCAGUACGAGAAGAUACCUACAAGAUGACUUGCAUGACAACUCAGACCUCCAGGCAUCUAGCUCGUCGCCCACCGCCCCUGCCACGAGUCCUACAGUGUCUUUCCUCAAGAACCGUCGAAGUGACAGAAAAAACCACGUGCUUCCAAGCAAAGUCUCCAACCCAAGACCAAAUACCUUUUCACCUGAUGAAGGCCGGCCCUCCUUCAACAUGAUCACCGGAAACAUGAGAGCAAAUGGGCGAUCAUCGCUGGCCAAUCAACCUACCACGAUUCCACCUGUCAUCCAAGGAAUUCAGCUGGUCCCAGCGUCUACACUGCCAGACCAAAUUCGUUCGGUGUUCAAGUUUGGGAUUUUCAAUGCUAUGCAGUCCAAGUGUUUUGAAAGUGCCUUUCACUCGGAUGAUAAUCUUGUCGUGUCCGCGCCCACCGGGAGCGGGAAGACUGUUAUCAUGGAGCUAGCUAUCUGCAGGCUGGUAGUACAGUCCAAGGGCCGAGACUUCAAAAUUGUAUACCAGGGACCUACGAAAUCGUUAUGUUCGGAAAGAUACCGCGAUUGGCAUACUAAAUUCAGCGCUCUGAGCUUGCAUUGUGCCGAACUCACAGGUGACAGUGAUCACAGCGACUUGGCUAACGCACAGAAGGCAAAUAUUAUCAUUACAACCCCGGAAAAAUGGGACAGCGUGACUCGAAAAUGGAAAGAUCACGCCAAACUGAUGCAGCUUGUUAAACUCUUUCUUGUUGAUGAGGUGCACAUUCUCAAGGACGAGCGUGGUGCCACCCUUGAAGCCGUCGUGUCAAGGAUGAAGUCCUUGAAAUCCAAUGUCAGAGUGGUUGCGUUGUCAGCGACCGUGCCGAAUUCAGAGGACGUUGCUGCCUGGUUGGGCAAAGACUCGACGUCGCAACACUUGCCCGCACGCAGAGAGGUCUUUGGAGAGAGCUUCCGCCCUGUCGAGCUCAAAAAGCACGUUUAUGGAUUUGAGGCGAAAGGCAACGAUUUUGCUUUUGAGUCGAUGUUGACACACCAGAUCCCCGAAAUCAUUGAAAGGCAUGGGCGGGGGAAGCCUGUCAUGGUCUUUUGCUCUACCCGGCGAGCUUCAGUAACGACUGCCAAGGUGCUGGCGGACAUGUGGUCAACCUCUCAUUCCUUACAGCGCCCGUGGAGAGGAUCCGGAAAGCAGCUCCCUUUCACCAGUUCUGAACUCAAAGCCACGACAGUCGCCGGAGUAGCAUUCCAUCAUGGUGGCGUGAGUGCAGAAGAUCGCCGCUCCAUCGAGAAUGCAUUUUUAGAUGGCCUGAUCAAUGUUAUAUGUUGUACUUCUACUCUGGCUGUCGGCGUGAAUCUGCCCUGCUAUCUGGUCAUCCUAAAGGGAACCAAGGCGUGGACCGACAAUGGCUUCAAAGAAUAUGCAGAUCUGGAGGUCAUGCAAAUGCUUGGUAGAGCAGGGAGGCCGCAGUUCGAAACUUCAGCAUGUGCAGUUAUUCUCACACGAAAAGACAAAGUUGCGCACUACGAAAAGAUGGUGUCAGGCGAAGAGAUGUUGGAGAGUUGUCUUCAUCAGAAUCUCAUCGAACACCUCAAUGCAGAAGUUGUCCUCGGCACGGUGUAUGACGUCGCAAGCGCAAAGCAAUGGCUAGAGAGUACCUUCUUUUACGUUCGCCUGAAGAAGAACCCCACGCACUACCAAUUGCGAGAGGGCGUUGAGGAAAGUACCAGGAGCGAAUUGCUCGAUCAACUUUGCAAGAAGGAUGUUGCGUUGUUGAUGGACGCUGGACUCAUGGAACACAGCGAUCGAUUGACCUCAACCGUAUUUGGAGAGGCAAUGGCAAGGUACUACGUCCGGUUUGACACAAUGAAGUCUUUCACGCAAUUACCUCCCAAGGCGAGGAUGUCGGAAAUCCUAUCGGUUUUGGCACAAGCGAAAGAAUUCCGCGAAGUACGGAUGUUGGCUGGCGAGAAGUCUUUUUACAAAGAAAUCAACAAAGCCCCAGAAAUCAAGUUUCCGAUCAAGGUCGAUAUUGCUCUUCCAGCCCACAAGAUCUCGCUACUGAUCCAGGCUGAGCUGGGUAACGUCGCCUUGCCUGACGGUGAAACCCACAAAAGACAUCUCCAACAAAGCCGAAUUGACAAAAUACCCGUCUUUGCUCACGCGAACCGACUCAUUCGGUGUAUCAUUGACUGCCAGAUUCAUCUUGAGGAUGGUAUCUCGACCCGGAACGCGCUUGAACUAGGUCGCAGCCUUGCGGCACGUGUCUGGGACAAUACUGCUAGCCAACUAAGGCAGGUUGAAGGUCUGGGUGAAGUUUCGGUUCGAAAAUUGGCGUCGGCAUCAAUCAAUAGCAUCGACACGCUUCUCAAUACCGAGCCCUCUCGCAUCGAGCUGGUCCUUAGGAAGAACCCUCCCUUUGGCUACCAACUGUUGCAAAAGCUGGAGUCAUUUCCUAACCUGAGAGUGUCGGUUAAAGAGACUAAUCGAGAACUUCGAUUCGGUGACGGCGUCCGCCUCACAAUGAUUGCGGAGCUUGGAUUCCUGAACAAGCUGUUGCCCCAUACUUUCAACAAAAAGAUGUUCUCUAUCUGCUUUUUAGCCGAGACAUCUGAUGGAGCUCUCGUGGACUUCAGGAGAUUCAGUCCGAGAAUGCUUGAACGUGACGAGCAAGUGUGUCUGACUUUGCACCUCACGAAGCCGACUAGUCAGGUCAACUGCCAUGUGAUGUGCGACAACAUUGCUGGUACCAGUAAGUACGCCCAACUAAAUUUAUCGGAUAUUCCGACUUCGGUGUAUCGCAAUCCACGAGUCCAGGAGAAUAUGCAACACGAACCACAAAACACUGGGCGCCAUGCUGGAGUGUCGAAGUUCUGCAAUGAGGAGUUCGACGACGGCGGUGUCAAUGACCAGGAUCUGCUUGCUUUCGAAGCCGAUGGUGCCAAGAUUGAGGUGAUUGAAGAUAUUGAUGACAUUGUCGCCGAACAAAUCGGGCAGGAACGGACCAUGCCAUCAAAGGAGAUUUUGCAGCAACACCGAGGCGCAAAUUCGGGGCCUGCAGAAGAUGCCGAUGUUGCUACCCAUCGGGAGCCUACAAGACUGCCCAGCGGGCGCUGGACUUGUCAACAUGACUGUAAUGAACGGGAAAAGAAAUGCAAACAUCGGUGCUGCAAAGAAGGCGUGGCAAAGCCUAGACGCAGACAAAAAGUAGAGCCCAAGAUCAAAGAUGAAGAGAAGGUCCAAAAGAAGAUCACCGCAGUCAUGAAACCGAAAAUCAAGUCAGAGGGCAAAGAUCCUACGCAGUCGGCAGAUAUGACCCUGCCAAACGUGGAAUGCAUGCCAGAUCAGACCAGAGCGACGGUUUCCAGCACGACUCGCCGUUCCAGAAGCCAAAGUUCUGGUGAUACGAUGCGAUCCAGUCGCGGCAAGCACGUUGCACCUGCCAGGAAAAGAUUGAAGCUGUCAAAUUGUCGAGACCCUGAGGACUCUGAACAUGACUAUAAAGAUACCGAUUUCAAGUCCGAGAAUUCACAGCGACUCUCCCACAAUAGCCAAUCCGAAAUACUAAAGGAACAUAUUACAAGUACCAGCAAGGCCAACGAAGAUUUUUUCGCUCCCUUUUCCGACGAUGACGACGAUGACGCUGCCAAUUUCUCGAUUGGGGAGUUUGGACCAGUUGAUGAACUUGGCUCCCGGUCUACAAUUAGUGCUGAGGUUGUUGAAGACACCAAGCCUUCCAGCACAAGCCAUGGCGGUGAGGACUGGCUCCCUAGAGACGAGGGACACAUGGAUUUCCUAACGUCAGAUAUUGACCUUGGGUGCUUUGAUGCACCACUCGAGCAUGUUGCCAUGUCUGACAUCCUCAAGAAAGGUAAGACCUCGGCAGCAACGCGGAACAACUUUGCGAUGCCAGAACUACCAGACCUUGCAGCUGAAGCGGACUUCGAUGAUGAUUUCUUCCUCGCCCCUGCCGACUUUGAUGGAGCUCCAUCAAACCCUCCCGGGAAUGUCGAUGAUUCUGUCAGUCUUCAAUAUGAGGAUAUCACAUCGUUCGCAGAUACGCCUGUUGAAUCAGUGGUGAAGACCCCGGACGGCAUCGAGCCCAUGGACGUUCCGAUAGAGACUGAGAAUGAUGUUGCGGAGACCGCAUGCAAAGAGUCUGACUCUCAGCGGGAAAAGAGAUUGUACGAAGAAGACCAGAAGAGGAAAUGGGAGGGAAUCGACCAGUGGAUUUAUGAUGAGUUCCACGACUACGUGGAGCUUGUUUGA